AUGGCCACCGUCUACCCCGCCCAACGCCGCCAGCACCUGCCAUACCACCCCCAGCUGCAGGCCAGCGCACCUCUCCAGCCCGCGGCCUUCGCCCCGCCCCAGUCGUGGUACCCGAUGCCCGACUCCUACCUCUUCAGCGGCGCCGCGAGCGCAGACCUCCUCAGCUCCCUCUCGCGCUGGAACCUCGGCCCGCCACAGUUUCUCCUUCCUCACCACCACUACGCGCAGGACUACGAGCAGGAGUAUGUAGCACCGGAGGCCGCACCAGGCUUCUCCCCUGCGCCCUCCGACUCAUCCUCCGUCCUCUCCUGGGACACCAGCCCCUCUCCCGCGCCCGCGUCAGAGCCGCUGCACGUCACCUGCAACGCGCCGCUCGUCGCCCCUGUGCCGCUCCCCUUCCACUCUCCAUUCUUCCUCCAGUACGACGACCUCCCUGACCUGGACGAGGACCUCUCGCAUGCUCCCUAUACCCACCGUCCGCAGAAGCGCAAACGCAGCUUCACUGACUUCUCGCGCAUGGAAGGCGGCGCAGACGUGCAGGAGAUGCCUGCGAAACGGAGAUCCAUCGGCGGCGGCGACGCACUCCCGCUGCUGUCCAACCGCAUGCCGCUGCCGAUGCCCGCCCACGUACGGUCUGCGCGCCGCAACUCGCUUCCCAAGGGCGCGACGAGGCACGCACGGCCCCGGUAG